AUGUCAGUGAGGCGUUUAGUUGGAAAAGUUGCAUGUGUAACUGCAUCUACCGAUGGAAUUGGCUUCGCCAUUGCUCGGCGAUUAGCGCAAGAAGGUGCUCGUGUAGUGAUUUCUAGUCGAAAACAAGACAAUGUGAACAAGGCGAUGGAAGCGUUCAAAAAGGAAAAUUUCGAUAUAUACGGAACAGUUUGUCAUGUUAGUAAAAGUGAAGAUCGGAAACGAUUACUAGAUGAAACUAUCCAGAAAUAUGGCAAAUUGGAUAUUCUAGUCUCGAAUGCAGCGAUCAGUCCUUCGUUUGGAAAUAUUCUAGACACACCGGAAUCUGCAUGGGAUAAAAUAUUCGAUGUCAAUGUAAAAGCUGCUUUUUUCCUGAUUAAAGAAGCUAUUCCAUACCUUGAAAAGCAAAAGGGCAGUUCUAUUGUAGUUGUAUCUAGCAUAGCUGGAUACACUCCAAUGGAAUUGAUUGGCGCAUAUUCCGUGUCGAAAACAGCUCUACUCGGCCUGACGAAAGCACUUGUCAAUCCAUGUCAAGAAAAAGGCAUUCGAAUCAAUGGAAUCGCUCCGGGAAUUAUUAAAACAAAGUUUAGUAAGGCGUUAUGGGAAGGUGGAGAAGAUACAGAUACGAAAACAGCGUCGUUCGCUGGCUGCGCAAUGGGCCGUGUUGGUACAUCUGAGGAAUGUGCAAGUGCAGUCGCAUUUCUUGUUAGUAAUGAUGCUUCCUAUGUAACUGGUGAAACGAUUGUGGUGGCUGGUGGUAUGCCCAGUCAUCUUUGA